UUAUGCUAUUUGAAGACUACAAAGGCGAAAAGCGAGUCUCGAGAUACGGAAACGACCUGCACGAGCCCGUGACACCCGACUGAAGUUACAAUUUGGUCUUCUAGGAGGUCGCCUCGGCCAAGUCGAGGGCUAGGCACUACUGUCGAUCGAAGUUCGAUAAGAUUACGAGAACUCGUGUAAUUACAAACGACGAGAAGUAUGGUGUGUGAGUGGGUACGUGAGCGUUGCGAGUGAUGUACGGGGCCACUGACGUCGCCAGCGCUCCUCCCGUCCCUCCGUCCUUAGUGCCAAAUGUUUUGCAAUGUGAAAGUGUGGAAUUGUGCCACGCGCGACCUUUUUAGUCAAUUUUCUUUAGAUUUGUGUAAUCUUUUGUAGUUAGAAGUAUGGCCACUUAUUUUUUAUCGUACCCCAUGACCUUCCGAUUUCAAUGUGGUCAUUGGAAAUUCGACGGAAUCAUGCAGGCGCAUGGUAUUUCGCUCUCGGUACGGGCGACGGUAGGGGAUAAUUUGUGUCGUUUCGAUCGUUUUAGUUGCAAUUUCGGGUCAUCGACAUGCACGCAGUUAAUGAAAUCAUAUCAAUACUCGAGAAGUUUAAUAUCACGAAAGAGCUGCUGGAGACCACCAGAUUGGGCAAAUACGUGAACGAGCUCCGACGGAAGACCACAGACCCGACGCUCGCGCGCCGCGCCAAGGUGCUGGUCAAGCGAUGGCGCGACCUCGUCAUGCCCGCAGUUGCGUCGCCCGCGCAUGCGCCAGGUUCAAACCGAUCGUCUGCGGAGCGCACGCAUCGGCGGUUCGGUGGUACGCCGCUCACAUCGCCCGCCUUGUCUAUGCAUGCGGUCAGUCCAGCAGUGCCUAGUCCGAGAUUACCAACGAGACCAGCGUGGGGCGGCUACGAAUCUGACUCGCAGGACGUGAUACUAGUGGAUGACGAUCCCCCGCCUCCCGCGCCGGCGCCGCCCAUCCCCCCUCUCGCCCCCCUCGCUCCCCUCGCCACGCACAAGCCCACCACGCCCCCUGUGAAACGGCCGCCCAGUCCCGAGCCUGUCCUGCAAGAUGAGAAGAAAGCAAAACGAGACAAAAAGCCAAAAAGGAGAAGGGGUAGGCCGCCCGCGGACGCGAGCGCGGAACCGCCGGGGGAGGGGCAGUGGGAGGCGCGGAACGGCUCCGCCCCCGAGCGGCGACGCAACGGCUGGCGGCGCGAGGACGCCUACACCGCGCUAGUGCAGCGAUUACCGCCUGCUGGCGCUAAGAAGGUAAAGACAACAAAGGAGCUGCUGGAGCAGAUCCAGUCCCGCGCCGCGCCGCCGUCCCGCGCCGCCUCCCCCGUCGACCCCGGCUCGCCCGACGUCAUGCUCGUCGAGCCCGACGUAGUCCCCAUCAAAUCGCCGCUACGAAACGGCACCGACGGCGCGGUGAAGGCCGAGCCCGAGGUGAAGGAGGAGGAGCCGGUCGAGGUGUGGGAGCCGCUGGAGGAGGAGCGCGAGUGGGCGGAGUGCACGUGCGGCGACGACGAGGACGCCACGUGCCCGGCCGCCGCGCGCGACCCCGUGCGCCCGCGGCACGUGCGCGCGCUUCACCACGCUCUCCUGCCCGGCGUCAACGGCACGCGCGCGCCCGCCCUGCCGCAGCGUUUCGCCGUGCGCGCCGCGGCCGACCCCGACCGCCCCGGCCUCUUCGCCUCCGUCGUGCCGCUCUACAAGUACAGCGACUACGCCGACGACUACUGCGUCAAGAACAUGGCGCGCGUGCCCGUCUGCGCGCACCUGCCGUGGACGGAGUUCGCGCCCGCGCCGCCCUCGCCGCCGCCGCCGCCGGACCCGCCCGAGCUGCGGCCGUACCCCUGGCCGGACGAGGAGCCGCCCGCCCCCGCGCCGCUCGACCCCGACGACGUGCCCACGCGGAGCCCCUCCCCGGAGCUCGAGCCGGAGCCGGAGCCCGUCAAGCGGCCCGUCCUCAAGGUGGAGUACCCGGCGACCGUCGAGGCCGAGGCGGUCGGCGUGCCCAUCCUCGAGCCGAGCGAGAGACUGAAGGCGCCGCUGCUGUCGCCGGAGGAGGCGGCGCAGUACGGCGCGGAGCCGGCGCGCGCUGCCCCCGCCACCCGGAGCUUCGCCUGUGAGUCGCCCGAGCACCGCACCGUGGAGCGGACGAAACGGGAGGAGGGGGUGGAGGUGGACGGGCGCGCGCUGUGCGGGCUGUGCGCGGCGGCGCUGCGGGCGGCGACGUGGCGGUACGAGCAGGCGGCGCCGGCGCCGGUGCUGGGCGCGGCGGCGCUGGCGGACGACGCGGCGCUAAACGGCGCGCUGGAGGCGGCGUACGCGGGCGAGCGGGACGCGCUGGGCCGGCCGGCGCGCGCCGAGCGGUUCGCGGAGUGGCACGAGCCCGCGCGGCUGGGCGACCUGGUGGCGCUGCCGUACGUCGUGCUGGACUGACCCCCCGUGCCGAACCCGACCGGAGCUUCCGAUGUCUCGCCGCGUUCCAAGUGUCCUUACCUAGUUUAUAAGUGCGCGAGUGCGGCGGCGUCUCGCGCUGUGAUAUCGAGCCGGCCGCGCGGGGGCGAUCGGCCGCCGGGCUGCGGGUCGAUUGUCUCGUUACCGAUUGUGAUCUACGAAAGAAUUAGGUAAUUAAUAGUAAUAGGAGUUCCAAUUGUAUAUUAUACGUAUAUAUCGCUGUAUCGAGUCGAAUAUCAGAUAUGAAUGAUUUAUAUCGCCGCGAUGUGUACAGAGCGAGCGUGAGUGGUACCUCGGACGUUUAACAAAUUAUUUGUAUUACGCAAGUGUUGCGGCGACCGCGGGGACCCCGCGCCGGUGGCGUGCGGGAGGCGCGCGGGCCGGGGCGGGGGCGCCGGCGGUCGCGUGGUUUAGUGGAUCUAGCGACCCCUCGUUCUUCGUGUUUAAGUUGAAAUGUUUCCAAAAAUGUUUAUACUGAUGUACAGACCAUGCAAUGGUUCACAGAUGAUACUAGUGGCUUAUUGUUUGUCGUCGAUUUGUACAGUAUUCCUAUUUAUGAUGACACAAAUGAUACGACUAUAAAAUAUAAUAUAUUACCUUUUUAUUUUAUGCGUUGGGGGCUCCUCCGUCGUCUUAACUAUUAAACGAAUAUCAGGUAGCGUGCCCGAGUGUUCAUCGAAACUAAAAAUGGAAGUGCCCCAACUACUUUAAAAACGUUAAGGUUACUAAGACUUAAGAGUAAAACAAAUAAGUGAAGCCAAAAUAAAGGAAUGAAGGAAGUAGAUUCCAAAGUGUAAUGCACAAAUAAAUAUAUUUUAUAAGUUAAUGUUGAAAUUGAUAUACCAAAAUUUGGUUUACUACAAAUUAAUGCUACUCAAAGGGUGUUAAAACAGCAGGAAAAAAAAAAGGACAGUGCUCCCAAAGUGAUAAUGUGCAUGUAAAUUUUCGUAAU